CAGGCACUUGCUGCUGUGCAGCGCAACGACAAAGGUUUCACUUUAACAACCACUAUCCUCUCUAUACUCCUCUAUAAUCAUGACUGGUACACACACUAAGCUCAAUGCGAUGGCGCUUGUCGCCUUGGCCGCUCUACCCUCAGUGAGGGCUGAAUAUUGCUAUCGAGACGACAAUGGAUUUGAGCGCUGCUCUGCGUAUUCACCGGGCGUUCGUGUCGCGAUCGGAGUCAUCAUAGCUGUCGCUUUUCUUGUUUUCCUUGGUCUGCUAGAGUUCGGCCGCAGGCGGCGGGCGCAACGAGCGAACAUGGCGUAUGUCAACGGGCCCCAAGCUCCUCCGUACCAAGCGUCAAACUAUGGAGCUUACGGUGGGUACCCGCCUCCUGGAGGACCUCAGUAUCCCCCUCCAGCCCAUAACAAUGGCGCGUAUGACCCGUCGGCUGGGUUCGCUCCUCCUUCCGUCCCUCCCCCGCAGUAUCCCGGUGGCUAUACUCCUGGUCCUUAUGCUCCGCCUCAAGGUCCGCCUCCAGGCAGGGAUGUCAAAGAGCAGGUCUAGGCGCCCACCUUUCGCCAUGUUUGUUUCUAUGAAAGCUGUAGCGUCAUAUGUUUUCUGACUUCCUCUGUAUUCGUACUAUCUGUACUGACGUUGCGUUGUGCUAAUGAUGGACUCGUGUUUGCCUCAUUUCCCUCAAUGCCUUGUGA